AUGACGAAGCUGCUGCGGACUAUUGAAGAGGAAACACUUAAGGAUAACGUGAGUUACGAUCGUCUACAUGAACUCCUGGCCAUGCUAUCGGCAAAGGAAGUGAGCCUUCAACAGCUAGGAAGGGAGAGUGAAGAGGAGAUAUCGCUGGACGAUGGAAAACUGAAUCCAGCAGAUCUCAUCACAAGAGGUCAAACAGUCUCGAAACUGAAGGAAGCAGAGCUGUGGUGGGCCAGACCUCAGUUCCUGGAUGCAUUAACACAACCAGAGUCACCUUUGAGGGAGCACCGUGAAGAUGAGGUAAAGGCUGAACUUAAACAUCUACAGAUAACAGUUCAUCUGGGCAACACUGAGACCAGACCGGCAGAGUCACUGCAUCUAGAGAAGUACAGUAAGAUAAAAACUGUUCUUAGGGUCACAGCCUGGAUUAAACGCUUUGCUCACAACUGUCGUUCCAGAGCAAAGAGGCAAGGAGAGCUCACAGCAGAAGAAAUAGUAGACGCUGAAAGACACUGGAUCUUGGUCGUGCAAAGACAGUCUUACCAAAGGGAGAUAUUCAGUGCCAAGCAGAACUGGGAGGAGUGGGAGGAUGAGCUGUAUCGAGAUGAUGAAAACUCAGAAGAGUCCGUGAGCAAGAGCGAGCUGGAGUUCCACCUCUAUAGCCAGCUUCAUUACUCCUCUAACGCUGGGGAGUUGGACAAUGCAGAGGAAGAGGAGGAACAUGAGGGAAAGCAGGACAGUGACACCUCCUCAUCUGAUCUCUACAGCUGCACCGUAAGAAAAAGAAAAAAGAGAAACCAAAGCAGAGGAAGAGUAAGCCAAAUGGCUCAAAGUUACUGUCGUCGUUUUUCGAGGAAGUUAUUGUCUCUGGUCCUGAUGUCAUUACCAUCUUUGAUGACUCAACUGAGGAUACUGAUGGAGCCUGUUCCUCAAAAGGCGGAGCUUUACCCAAACAACAGACUUCCACUCCAGCACAACAGCAUACUAAGACGAGGAGCAGAAGUCCUGCUAUCAGAUUUGUCCGAUUCAUCGGAUUCUGAAGAUUUGGAGAACUGGAUGAUUCUGGGUCAAGGAAAGCGGGAAGAAGACCAAUCCAUCUCGCUACACAGCAACACAGAUGCUGGUGAAGGUUGCAGCUGGUGGGUGUCUGAGAAAGACAUGGAGGUUCAGAUCCACAACAAAGACAGGACCUCCAGGACAGCGAGGCAGCCAAAAAGAUACUUCACGUGGAAGAACAUCCACUGUAGAAACUGCAACAAGACUGGACACCUAUCCAAGAGCUGUCCUGAGCCAAAAAAGUUGAACUGCGGACAGCCCGGACACGCGUUCGGCACCUGCAGCGAAAUAGCCUACUCGGAAAAGCAGUGCCAUCGCUGCGGCAUGAAGGGGCACUUUUCUGAUGCCGGUCCAGAGAUCUGGAGGCAGUACCAUCUUACAACCACAAAUGGCCCCCCAGUAACCGCAGGCAAGACGAGAUAAAGAUAAAAGCUUCAAAAAUGCAAGAAAACUGCAGCUUCUCCAGUCCUUCUCAGAUGCCUUCCUCCAUCAAACUACCCAAAAAGAAACAGAAAAUCAACACCCAGAUGAACAGUACGCCAAAUCCUACCCACAAGUCCACUCCUAACCACAUAUAUUUGAAAGAUGAAGAGCUCAGAGAUGAAACAUCUUCAACAAAAACGUUCAGGGAUGGGGCCGGCAGUGCUAAACUGUUGAAGCCCAAGAGACCAUUCCCCGCCUCGAGAAACCCACCUGCUAAACCAGUUUUAGAUGAAGACUGCGACUUCCCGAGAGGAGGAAGGCCAAACAAGAAGAGAAGGAGAAGGAAGAGUAACAAGUUGGAGGAAAUUAACCGCAGGCAAGACGAGAUAAAGAUAAAAGCUCCAAAAAUGCAAGAAAACUGCAGCUUUGCCAGUCCUUCUCAGACGCCUUCCUCCAUCAAACCACCCAAAAAGAUAUAA